GGAUACACAUAACAUCUUUUAUCUUUCAAUUAAUUUCGUCAAAAUGCCCAAUAUAAAGCUGCAAUCUUCUGAUGGUGAAAUAUUUGAAAUGGAUGUUGAAAUUGCAAAGGUUUCGGGAACAAUUAAAACUAUGCUAGAAGACCUAGGUAUGGAGGAUGAAGAGGAAGAAGUUGUCCCUCUUCCAAAUGUCAAUGCUGCUAUAUUAAAAAAAGUUAUUCAAUGGGCUACACAUCAUAAAGACGAUCCAACCCCGCCAGAUGACGAGGAAAGAGAAAAGCGUACAGACGAUAUUAGUAGCUGGGAUGCUGAUUUUUUGAAAGUUGAUCAAGGAACACUUUUUGAAUUAAUAUUAGCUGCUAACUAUUUGGACAUUAAAGGCCUAUUAGAUGUUACCUGUAAAACAGUAGCAAAUAUGAUAAAAGGUAAAACACCGGAAGAAAUAAGAAAAACAUUCAAUAUUAAAAAUGAUUUUACACCCAGUGAAGAAGAACAGGUUCGUAAAGAAAAUGAAUGGUGCGAAGAAAAGUGAUGCUAAUAUAGAUAAUGAAUUGUAAGAAGAAAAGUAAUAGUAAAAUAUAAUAAUUUGAAUCUAACUUGUAUUUUUAUUUAUCUAAAUAAAUGUAUAUAUGCUAUUUUAGAAAAGAUUUUG